AUGCCAGGAAAACACGUCCACUUCGCGCCCAACUCUCUCCCACCAACACCAUCGCCCACGUUCUCGGCAACCUCUUUGCCAUCAUCCGGUGGUCCUAUUACACCAUUCUCAGCAUCCUACAAGGGCUUGUCCCUUCCCCGUUUGCCGUGCAAGAUACACCCUGCGCUUGGUGUGUCAAACACACCACAUAUUCUGUACGAUGUUUCCUACCCCCCGUCGACACUCCGACUUCGAAAUCCAUCCAUAUCUCUUCACGUUCUCGCAGAACCUGCGACGGAACCUCCCCUCCCGUUUAUUCAUGUCAUAUCCCCACAUCUCCCAUGGAGGCUCACGGUAUCGGCAAAACACUACUCAUACGUCACCGUCUCUGAUUUGCUAGAGGGCAUGUAUCACGCCUUGCGGUUGAAUGCUACUCAAUCUGAGUAUGAGCUUCUACCUUUCAAGGAGAUGAAGUUGACCGUCAACAAAUCCUACGAGCGACGCUACAGUCGUCUUUCGAACUUGGAGGAACGCGAGAGGGAAAGAACGCGGGCUAGGUUGACACUGUUAGAUCUCAAGUCCGGCCAAGAAUCCCAAGCCCGUAUUUCUCUCAUCUCUGAAACUUUCUACAACUUGAACGGAGAGACUUACGAGGGAAAGGGGUAG